CAGAGACCUGCUGACAAAUCCUAAAACUCUCUAUACUUUGGUGAUUUUCUUCUCAUUUUCAAAAUUUAUGAAGUUCCACAUUAGUGGAGAACCAGUAUCUAAGAUACCUGUGGACAAACAAAAAUGGAGACAGGCAACAUUCUGCAAAGCAGGAGAGUCAAAAUCCAACAUCUCUAUCAAAGCUACUGCUCAGGCCAGACUACUAUGCCUGCCUGCAACCUCCUCAGGUUCCUCCACAUAGAGCAGAUGGAGGUUACAGCAACUGACAGGACGGUGAAGGCUUUGAUUGACAAAUUUGAAAUUGACGAGACAGCCAGAGAAAACAGCUCCAUGUCAUUUGAAGGCUUCUUCCGGUACAUGGAAUCUAAAGAGUGCUGUGUGUUCAACCAGUUGCAUAAAAAGGUGUACCAAAACAUGGACCAGCCUCUGACCUCUUACUUCAUCUCAUCCUCUCACAACACCUACAUUAUUGGAGAUCAGCUGGUCGGAGAGACUCACCUGGAUGGCUACAUUUGUGCUCUGAGGAAAGGCUGCCGCUGCGUUGAGAUAGACUGCUGGGAUGGACCCGAUUUGGAGCCUGUGGUCUUUCAUGGCCACACCUUGACCAACAAGCUCCUCUUCAAGGAUAUUAUUACCACUGUGUCGCAACAUGCCUUUGAGGUGUCUGCUUAUCCAGUGAUCCUGUCGUUGGAAAACCAUUGCUCCCUGGAGCAGCAGGAGGUGUUGGCACAACACCUCAUCUCUAUCCUCGGAGACAAACUAUUGAAAGAACCAUUGGCCCACUUAACCUCUGGAGAACUACCAAGCCCAAAUGACCUGAAGUAUAAGAUCCUCGUCAAGAACAAAAAAGUCAGGCCUCACAGUCAGACAGAGGAGGGAACAGGGACAGAGACACAGGACAUUGAGGAUGAGGAUGAUGAGGAAGAGAAGGAUCAACCAACCAGUUCAUUUUUCUCAUCUAUCAAAUGGAUAUUUGGAAAGAAAAGAAAGAAGGUGGUAGUCGCUGAGGUUUUGUCUGACCUGGUCAUAUACACCUGCUCGGUCAAGUUCAUCAGCUUUGAUUAUUCCAGGGAACAUCAGAAGUACUGCGAGAACACCUCCAUGGAUGAGAACAAGGCUCGCAAGCUUGCCAAAGAUUCAAGUAUGGAAUUUAUACAACACAAUCAAAGGUUCCUCAGCAGAAUAUACCCUUCAGGAGCAAGGCUGUCCUCUUCCAACUACAACCCUCAGGAGUUUUGGAACAUCGGCUCACAGCUUGUGGCACUUAAUUUCCAGUCUCUGGGCUCACAUAUGGACCUGCACGAUGGCCGUUUCCAAGACAAUGGGGGCUGUGGAUACACCCUAAAGCCACCUGUGCUUAUGUCCAGUCAGGAGCACUUUGAUCCCAGGAGUAGGAACCACAGCCCAGAGCUGACAUACCUGCUGCUUAAGAUAAUCAGUGGAUCUGAUCUUCCUACCUCAAGGAGCAUCAAAGCAGUGGAUCGUUUUGUCAGAGUGGAUGUUCACGGGACUCAGUGUGAUUUCUGUACAAAAAGCACACAUGGUGUCAAACACAACUCUCUAAGUCCUUGGUGGGAUUUUGACAUAAACUUUAAGAUCUGUGUCCCUGGGCUCUGCCUCAUCCGGUUCUGUGUCCGAGAUGAGACCGGGCCUUUCAGCAGUGAGUUUGUGGGACAGUACACGUUACCCCUCACCAGUCUGAAGAAAGGUUACCGCUGGGUGCCUCUCCGCGACCGAGACGGAAGCAGUUUGGAUCCAGCUUCCCUCUUUGUCUAUGUGUGUUAUUAA